GCGGCCCUGUCAGGCAUCCCCGUGUGGGCGAAGUGGUGGUGUCACCGGCGCGGGAGGGCAGGGCUCGGCCUGAGGAGGAGCUGGGGUGCAGGAGUCGUCCCUCGGUCCUGCCCUGGGACGCGGGGCAGGACUGUUCCCAGCCCCCGUGACCCAGUUGGUGCUGGCACCUCUUCGUGUGGUCCCCGGAAAGGGCCCUUGAGGAGCGAGACUAAGAGCUGGGCCCUCCAUGCCACAGCCGAGUCCUGGCCUGGUGGACGGGGGGUGAGCUGAGCAAAGGAAAGAAAAGGGGUGCUGUCCGCCCCUGCCAGCUGCCCUAGCUCACGCAGUUCCUGAGAAGGGGCCCGGUCACUCUGUGUGCCAGCCAGGGCCAGGAAAGGUGGGUAGGAGCUCCGGCCCAGGGAGGGGUGACCCCUGGCCAGAAGGGGGGGGGGCCUUCGUGGCUGUCCCAGGGGCUCAGGCCAGGCGGGUGCCUCGCAGUGUGUGCUGUCCCACCAGGCUGUCCGGCCACCACAGUACUGGUCGGGUGAGGGGUGACCGUCUCCAGGGAGGGCAGCGGCUGCCCUCUGGACUGGCCACAGGCACUGUGGGCUCACACGAAGGCUGGGGCUUGCACUUCAUCGGCUCUGGGGCCUGUAAGUGCCCCCUAUGUCUGUUCCCCAGGACAGCAUGUACAGUUGUGGUGAGCCUGGUGCCGGACUGGGUGGGCAUGUGGCCAUGUGGGACGAUGGACCGGCCAGGGGAGGGCAGAGGGCAGCCCCAGGCGCACUCCAUGUCGGGUGACAAGACUCCAGACAGCCUUCCCGUGGGCAGGGGUGGCCCCCGCACGUGUGGUGGGUGCAUUUACGCAGGAUUGGACCCCUCAGAUUCUGCCCUGGGGUGAGGGCGGGCAGGGCCUCUGUCCCUGGAUGUCAGUGCCAAGGCCUCCUGGUCACGUGAUCUCUCUGGGCCUCCGGUAGAGAGCCAUGCCCACCCUCUCUGGACGUGGCUGGGCAGGUGGCAGACUGGGGAGGCGAUUGGCCAGGCCACUGGUGCCCUGUGUGGCGGCGACAGGAGGUGCCUCUCUGAACAGGGGGCAGUGGUGGUGCCCCAGGUCCUGUCUUCACUGCAAGGGAGCGGCAGGCGUAUGGGAGGCCUGGCCCUAGCCCUCUGCCAGCCCAAGGGCCGGGGCCGGAGAGGAUCGGAGAGGCUGGUUGGUGGGGGCCUCUCCCUCUGGUGCCCUGCCGGCUUGGGUGGUGGUGAGUGAGGCGGCCACGCUGAGGGUACGGAUUUGGGCCCCUGCUGGGGAGGAGGCGCCGUCACCCCUGCGACUGAAGACCGGAGCCCGCGGGCAGUGGCACGAGGCCGCCCACGGCUGGCCACUGGGCUCCAGAAAGUGCCAGAGUGGGUGGGGCCUCCCGCAGCCGAGCCUUGGUGCUCAGGGCCAGGUCCUACCUGUGUGACCACCAGUGUCCCCGCGGGCCCUUCUCCCUGGGGAGGGGCGGCCCCUGUCCUGUCUGUGGGCGCCAUUCCCGUGAGCGGGGAGUCCCCAGGCGCCUUGAGGGCUGGCCAGGCGUCUGGGUCUUGUGCCCACCCCCUGGGGCCUCAUGUUCUUCUCGUUGGUGUUUCUUGGCAGGGGGUCAAAUGCAGGUGGCCUCGCAAGAGGGGGUGCAGCCAGCCUUGCCUCCCUGCGGGGCAAGCAGAGGGCAGCCGCUGCUCAGCAGGCCAGAGGCACCGCUGCGGCCGGUGGGCCGGUGUGUCAGGGUCAUGGUGCUGGCGGUUGAGCGAGAAAGGCCGCUGUGCGGGGCCGGCAGGGAGGAGUACGCGUUCAGGAAGACCUCAGUGUGAGCGCCUGCUCCCGAAGGGGUGUGGGUGCAGGGUGUGGGGCGUCCUGCAGCCGGUGGGGGACGGCUGGUCAGGGUCCCUGCUGUUGGGAAGCAGGUGUGACUUCGGGGCCCCUCGGGGGCAGCCUGGGCAGGGUCUGCAUGAGCCCAGCGUGCGGGGAGGAUGGGAGAGCCCUCUUUGGGGCCCCGACCCCGCUCCCUGGGCCCACACAGGAGGCAGCUGCUCUGUCCGUCACUCACGCCAGCCCUGCCCGCGGGGAUCUGGUUUCCUGGAGGGCCGGCCUGGACCCUCCGGGCAGCCCCCGCCCUGUGGACGCUCCCCUGGCCCACUGGCUCUGGGGUGGCGGGCCCGGCCUCCUGCGGCGCCCCCAGCUCCAUCUGUGGAUUCAGAGCAGCCGUGGUGGGAGGGUUUGGCGGGGGCAGGCAGCCAGCGGGCCCCUUUGCCCCUCUCAGGCCUGCGACUCCGUUCCCUGAGCCUGCCCGUCCCCACCCGGAGAAGCAGCUCUAAGACUCGUCUCCACGGGGCAGGCCACGUGGAGGCCAGGCCUGGAGACCCCAUGGGAAGGUGGAGAGCUCAGUGGGGUGCAGAGAACACCUGAAAAGUGAAGACUCCCUCAGAUUUUGGAGCCACCCCCGGGCUGGGCCCCUCAGCCCUCCCCCCUAGGCCCCCGGGCUCGGUAGCCUGUCUGGGGCCCAGGUGCUGGCGCCUGGGGGUCCUGCCGUCUUCGCCCUUCCCGGAGGCCCCGGGAGUGGUACGGACUCGAGGAGACCCUCCCCCAUGCUUUCUGCUCGGCCCGUCGGCUGUUCCUUCCUCUCUGGAGCGGGCGUCCAGGCCGCUGGGGACAGGGGCCCCCACCUGCCUCCGCUGUGGGGAGUGGCUGUGCUGCCCCUGAUGGGGUGCACAACCCCCUUGGUGAGCCCCGCGCCUUUGCAGGGGCCCGAGUAUGUGCGUGUGCCCUGUUCAGGGGAGGUGCGCGGGCGGCAUUACACUUGCAGGAAAGGGGAGACCCCACCUCCCACGCUCACCCUGGGGGUCAUGGGCAUUUGCCUGCUGGGCACUGCCCUCCCGGUCUCCCUGGGGACCGCUGUGGGAGGGCUCCCCAUAGCUACCACAGGCCUUGAGCAAGCAGGGCUGGGGCCAGACAUUGCUCCUGGGCUUGGCGUGACCUGGCGUCCUGGCAGUGCCGAGCAGGACCCUGAAACCACAGGGCAGGUGGGCGGCGGCACCGGGAAUACGCUCCAUGCUCAGGCACUCUGCCCCUCCUGGGCCCCAGGGUGUGCCCCAAGAUGAUGGGGAGGCUUCCUGCUGGACUGCAGGCUUGGAGCCAGGGUCAGGGAUAGGAGGAGCUGGAGGGGGCCUCCGGGGUGUCCCUGUGGCCGGCAGCUGUGGCCCCUCCUGUUGCCCCUGGGUGCGUGGUGCUGCCCUGGCUGUGUCCUGCCCACUGCUGGCUCCCUGGGCUGGGCAGCAGCACUGGGGCCAGGUCGUUGACGGCAGCUUCUAGGUAGCGGGAGGAGCAGGGACACACUGCACCUCCCCCGCGCCCGCGGUCCCUGUUCAGGGCUGUGUGUGUGCGUCACGCCCACCAGCACGCACCUGUGUCUGGCACCUUUCACAGUCCUGUGGUACCCUGGGGCCCGACCCGCAGCUGGUGUGGGGUCCUGGCAUCUGCUCUGCAGUCCUGUGCUGCUCGGGAGAUUCCAGGAGGCCCUGGUGGGCAGCAGUGUUGCCGCAGGAAGGCCUGGAGGAGGCCCAGCCCGCCACUGCCAGUGACCCAUUGGCGAGGGGCCGUGACCAGUGUGGCCGCAGGGGACAGCCUCAGGUCCUGCGUGGAUGUGGUGUCGGGGGAACUGGGCUGGCGCCUGCCUCUGGCACUGUGCUUCUGGGGGCCGUCAGUGGGAGCUGGCCUGCCCGCCCCCAGCUCCACGCUGGCUGGCUCACACCGGGGCUGGUGAGGUGGAGAGCAUGGGGCACCAGCUCACGCUCUCAGCACGAUGUGGGGCCAGGGCCGGACAGGUGGGCGAGGGACCCUGGUGUCAGGUUGGGGACCUCUUUCUCCUCUGCUUGGGGUUGGGGCAGGAGUAGGUCUCUGGGGAAGGCCCAGUGUGGCCUGUCUCUGUGGGGAAGACCAUGCCAGUCAGUGUGGCACAGUUGCCCGCUGGCCAGGGUAUGAGCUGGCAGAACUGCACGCCUGGGCACCUGGCCUGGCCCACACCGCCCCCCCUCCCUGAGGGAAUGUGGGGGAGACAGCAAGGCUGAGAGUGUCCAUGCGCAGGCUGUCCCAGCCUUCGACGCCAGGGGUGCGGGCAGCACCGGGCCCGGCUGGUGGCGAGGGUGCGGGGUGCUCAGUGCUUGGGAUGCAUCGAGAGUGGGUUGCUCCCCGGUGUUCUCAGCUAACACCAGGUCCGUGCCGGCAUCGCCCUGUAGUAGCUACGUGCUGCCCGAGUUAAGCCCCCCGCCCUGGCCGGUCUGUAAAACGGGACCCUGACUUCUCUCAGGAAACGGUGGGGUUGCUGUCAGGGGAUGUCGGGAUUGUUGCCCGGGCUGGGGCUGGGGCUGCAGCCACGGGUACCCGGUGACCCCGCAGGCACCGCCUUCUCCACACUCCCUAUUGGCCGAGGCCCGGGCGUGUCCCGGCCCGGCCAGCAUCACAAACCAGAGCUGGUUCUCGUGGUGAUGAUGGAACCUCCCUCCCUCACGGGAGCUCGGGCCACACUGGCUCCGGGGGCGCCCUGCCAGCGCUCGACUCUGCCAGGUCUCUCUGUGGGAGCUGCCCCCCCCAGGACUCGCCCGGCAAGACUGGUGCAGAGUCAGGCCCCGACGCAGGCGCCCAGGGGCCGCAUCCCUGCCCCCCACCUGUCCCGGGUGCUCCCGCCCUGGCACCGCCCACUUGCUAAGUGGGUACCCCUUGUGCUGUUCCUCCCUCCCCAGGAGGUGCUGCCUGGCUGGACCCAGAGACGGGAUGUGGCGCCGCCUCGGGGAGCACAGAGCCAGCCAGGGCCCCGCCGUGCUGCGGCUGUGACGGCCAGUGAGCGAGCGCGCCUGGAGGAUGUCCACCCCCGCCGCGGUCGCCCCCGCGGGCCUCCCGGCGGCCGCUGGCCCCGUGAACCCGCCCCCACCAGAGGUCUCCAACCCCGCCAAGCCGGGCCGCAAGACCAACCAGCUGCAGUACAUGCAGAACGUGGUGGUGAAGACGCUCUGGAAGCACCAGUUUGCCUGGCCCUUCUACCAGCCCGUGGACGCCAUCAAGCUGAACCUGCCCGAUUAUCAUAAGAUUAUUAAAAACCCCAUGGAUAUGGGGACUAUCAAGAAGAGGCUAGAAAGCAGCUAUUACUGGAGCGCGAGCGAGUGCAUGCAGGACUUCAACACCAUGUUUACAAAUUGCUACAUUUAUAACAAGCCCACAGAUGACAUAGUGCUAAUGGCCCAAGCCUUAGAGAAGAUAUUUCUGCAGAAAGUAGCCCAGAUGCCCCAGGAGGAAGUAGAGUUACUGCCCCCUGCUCCGAAGGGCAAAGGCCGGAAGCCCGCUGCGGGAUCCCAGAGUGCAGGAACGCAGCAGGUGGCGGCCGUGUCCUCUGUCUCCCCGGCGACCCCCUUCCAGAGCGUCCCCCCCACGGUCUCCCAGACGCCUGUCAUUGCCGCCACCCCAGUGCCAACCAUUACCGCAAACGUCACGUCAGUCCCUGUGCCCCCAGCCGCUGUCCCCCCUCCUCCCACGACACCCGUCAUCCCCGUGGUCCCACCCACGCCGCCCGUUGUCAAGAAGAAGGGCGUGAAGCGGAAAGCGGAUACCACCACACCCACCACGUCGGCCAUCACUGCUGGCCGCAGUGAGUCACCCCCGCCGCUCUCGGACCCCAAGCAGGCCAAGGUGGUGGCGCGGCGGGAGAGCGGGGGCCGCCCCAUCAAGCCGCCUAGGAAGGACCUGGAGGACGGCGAGGUGCCGCAGCACGCGGGCAAGCGGGGCAAGCUCUCCGAGCACCUGCGGCACUGCGACAGCAUCCUCAAGGAGAUGCUGUCCAAGAAGCACGCGGCCUAUGCCUGGCCCUUCUACAAGCCCGUGGACGCUGAGGCCCUGGAGCUGCACGACUACCACGACAUCAUCAAGCACCCCAUGGACCUCAGCACCGUCAAGAAGAAGAUGGACAGCCGGGAGUAUCCCGACGCGCAGGGCUUUGCCGCCGACAUCCGGUUGAUGUUCUCCAACUGCUACAAGUACAACCCCCCGGACCACGAGGUGGUGGCCAUGGCCAGGCGGCUGCAGGACGUGUUUGAGAUGCGGUUUGCCAAGAUGCCGGACGAGCCGGCGGAGGCGCCUGCACUGCCCGCCCCCGCGGCCCCCGCUGCCAGCAAGGGCACGGAGAGCGGUCGCAGCAGCCAGGAGAGCUCCUCCGACUCGGGCAGCUCGGACUCGGAAGAGGAGCGGGCCACGCGGCUGGCGGAGCUGCAGGAGCAGCUGAAGGCCGUGCACGAGCAGUUGGCUGCGCUGUCGCAGGCCCCGGUGAGCAAGCCCAAGAGAAAGAAGGAGAAGAAGGAGAAGGAGAAGAAGCGGAGGGACAGGGACCGGGACAGGGACAAGGACAGGCACAAAGUGAAGUCCGAGGACGAGAAAAAGGCCCGGGGGGCCCCGCCCGCCAAGCAGGCCCAGCAGAAGAAGGCGCCCGCCAAGAGGGCCAACAGCACCACCGCGGCCAGCAGACAGCCGAAGAAGGGCGGCAAGCAGGCCUCCGCCCCCUACGACUCGGAGGAGGAGGAGGAGGGCCUGCCCAUGAGCUACGACGAGAAGCGGCAGCUCAGCCUGGACAUCAACCGGCUGCCCGGGGAGAAGCUGGGCCGUGUGGUGCACAUCAUCCAGUCCCGCGAGCCCUCACUCAGGGACUCCAACCCCGACGAGAUCGAGAUAGACUUCGAGACGCUGAAGCCCACCACCCUGCGGGAGCUGGAGCGCUAUGUCAAGUCCUGUCUGCAGAAAAAGCAGAGGAAGCCGUUCUCCACCAGUGGGAAGAAGCAGGCGGCCAAGUCGAAGGAGGAGCUCGCUCAGGAAAAGAAAAAGGAGCUGGAGAAGCGGUUGCAGGACGUCAGCGGGCAGCUCAACAACAAGAAGCUGGCCAAGAAAGAGAAGCCGGGCUCUGCGUCGUCGGGAGGCCCAUCCCGCCUCAGCAGCAGCUCCUCCUCCGAGUCCGGGAGCAGCAGUUCCAGCGGGUCCAGCUCGGACAGCAGCGACUCGGAGUGACCCGGGCCGCCGGCCAUGCCCGCCUGCUGCCGCGCCCUGUCUGGUCAAUACACGGCUUUUGCCCACGGCUGCGGGUUGCCUGUUCAUUCAGUGUUAGGCCCCUCCCUGUCUUCGCGCCCCGUCGGGCCUGCUCCGUGCGGGCUCGUGAGGCACAGCGCACGGGCUGUCGUUCCCCGUGACCACAUCCAGCUGCGGAGAGGGCCCCGCCCGCCGCCAGGACGCGCUUGGGCGCCAGGCUCAGGGGGGUCCCGCAGCCGCCCGCCCGGCCGGCCGGCCGGCCCCUCCAGGAGGAUUCGGCCCGAGGAAAGGCCUCAGCUGGUACUGUAUCUGGAAGCUGUUAGCGCUGCAAACGGGCGUCGCCCAGGCCGGCCACCGAGGACAGGGCCCCGGGGGCGCGAGCCAGGCGCAGGUCUGCGUACACUGAAACUUUUACCUCAACUUAAAAAAAGAAGAAAAGAUUAAAAAAAAAGGAGACUUUUUUAUAAGGUUCAGCGAUUUUCUACGCGAGUCCUGCCCGACGUGUGUCCCCGUCGUGAGCGCCGCCGCACUCCAGACCGACCUCCCGAUCUCGUGUAUAUAUGAACGCUUUAUUUAUUAACAUCAUUGGUCAUUUUUUAAAAAAAAAAAAGAAAAGAAAAAACAGCAAAAGAAAUGCAUUGGCGGCGGCGCAGGCCCGGUGCUGGGGCCGCGGUCCAGGUGCUCCCGGCGGUGCUGCCCGCAGGCCGCCCGUCUCUGUUCUGUGUGUGUGUGAGACUUGGAGACUCAGUGCAGGCAACUUCCAGCGCAGCACAUCCUGGUUUUUUAUUUUGUUGGUUUAGUUCUUUUGUAUCCACGCUGGUCUCUCUAGGACUGUUUUAAAAGAAAUCAUUUAGGGAACCCCAGUUAUAUAAUAUAAACUUUGUAAUCUGAGAGGGGAAAAAAUGUAUAGUAAAUCUAAGUCUUGAUUUUUUAACUUUCUAUUGUAAAAAAAAAAAAAAAUAAUAUACAGAGUUUAACAGAAGGUUCUGUUUGGUUUUGUUUUUCCAGAGGCCGCCCUCUGGCCUUCGAGUGCCCACGCCCCCGGCCACGCGGCCAGCCCCCUGGGCGCCUUUGCCUCCGCGCCCACGUGUCUUCCAGCAAGGGCUGUUACCAGGACUUUCUCCCCCAGGGCCUUGGGGGGGGGUUGCUGGGUGGGGGCUCGCACAGCUUUGUCCUGCUGGAGUUCCUCUUGGGUGGAGAGCCUCAGGGUCCCAGUGGGGGACAGUGUCCAGCCGAGUCCCCCGUGCGGCUGCCCUGGCCAGACAGGACUCGGAGGGGCCUGGCAUGGGGGAGGUCCCGUUCCUCCAGCUGCUGGCGAUCCUGAUACUUGGUGAGUUUUGAGCCAGUUUGUUAAGCUUUUCAGCUUAUAAUAAAAAUAUAAGUGGAUUUCAAACUUGCCAUUGUUUAAAGUCACCCUUGUUUCUCAAAGAUGUUUCUGAGCAGCGCUCGAGCGGAACACUUACCCAGGAUUAAAGGAACCAGUGCCCAGAAGACAGGGCCUUAAGCGGGCUCUCACUGGCCGGCGGCGAGGCCUCAAGCCGCAAGCCGUGGAGGCCCCCGGGGUCCCUCCGGUGGCGAAGGGUCAGCCGAGCCAGCCAGUGGCCGGGGAGACGCCUGGGCCCUGGGGGCGUCCAGAGGUGUCGCUGCCCAGCACACCCGUCCGGGAGGGCCCCUGGCCGCCUGGGCAGUGUGGGUCAUGGCUGCCGUCCCGGGCUCUCUGUCCAGACCAGUGUCAGGGGCUCCCCAACCCCUGGAGGUCGGCCUGCAGGGUGCUGCUCCUCCAUUUCUCUGCGCUGGGGAGACCGCAGUGGACAAGCAGUUGUCCUAGAACCACAGCGCAGCUGUCUGGAGGGCAGGGGCCCGUGUGGAGCCGACUAGCCACACUCGGGGCUGGCCUGGGGAGCGCGGCAGGGCCCGGAGGCCGAGGGGGCCCUGGCCCAGCGCACUCUGGUUUUUUUUUCAUUUGAUUUUGGUUUGGUUCUUGGGCAACAUUCAUGUCUUUCACUGUCGUUUGGGGGAAACACCCCGAUCAAGGUCUGCUCCAUCCACCGGGGUGGGGGCCGCUGUCUGUCACGCUGGCCUAACGCUUCCGGGAAGUUUUUCUUUUUUAUAUUUAAAAUGUUAAUUUUCUGUAUGAUGUGCAUGCAAGUUUACCGUAACUUUUCUUAAACUUUUUAGUGCCGUUUCUAGUAUAUUCCUGUAAAUGUCAGUUACUGAAAAUGAGUCCAAUGGAAGUAGUUUAGCUUGUUUAUUGCAAUGCCGGCCUCAACACAACAGAAUGGAAAUGGUAGAAAGUAUUCUUCGAUGUCUCUGGUAAUCGCGGCCCUUCUCCCGGGCAUUUGUUUUGUUUUCAUAAUAAAAGUGGAAAAAAAAAAAAAAAACCAACCCGGUCCCUGUCUGUG